AUGAAGACCCACCGUGGUGAAUCCGGAUCCCAGCACAUCUCUUCACCACCCGACCUAACCAAUGAAGAGCUGGCUUGCCUCAUUGAGUCCGAGAAUGCCUCCACCUUCCGGAUCCCCAUGAGUCUGGGAGAACCCCAUGCAGAAGUGGACAAGAGAACUACCUGGAUCAGUGAGAUUAUGGGCAUGAUCUAUAAAGAAGGCAGUGUUGAAAAAUGUGCACUUGAACCCAUCUAUGUGCGAGUCCCUUUCUUGGAAUUUGCUAUUUCUUGUCUUCCUACAGGCCUUGAAUUGCUCAAGGAAGCACCACGUCCAUGUCUAAUUAAAACCCACCUUCCUGUCCACCUGCUCCCCAAAUCUUUCUUGGAAAAGAAUUGCAAGAUUAUCUAUGUAGCCAGAAAUGCAAAAGAUGUGGCUGUCUCGUUUUAUUACUUCUACAAAAUGGCAAAACUGCACCCGGAGCCUGGAACAUGGGAGGAAUUUCUGGAGAAAUUUCUGGAUGGGAAUGUGUCUUUUGGAUACUGGUACGAUCAUGUCAAAGGUUGGUGGGACAUCAGGGAAAAAUACAGGAUUCUGUACCUCUUUUAUGAAGAUAUGAAAGAGGAUCCAGAACAAGAGAUUCGGAAGAUAAUGGAGUUCCUAGAGAGGCCAGCUGAUGAAAACUUAGUCAAGAAAAUUGCACACCACACUUCCUUCAAAGAGAUGAGCCAGAACCCAAUGGCUAAUUAUACAGGCGUUCCCAUUUCGUUUAUGGAUCACACCAUCUCUCCUUUCAUGAGGAAAGGCAUUUUUGGUGACUGGAAGGAGCACUUCACAGUGUCUCAAAGUGAGCAGCUGGAUGGCAUCUGUAGUCAGUUGCUGGCAGGCAGUGGCCUGACUUUCCGCACAGAGCUGUAA